AUGCCCGAAAUUGGUCAGAAUAAGGUGAUCUCGCCAAACGAGCACUGCCUCGUGACCAUGCCCUCAGGAAGUCUCCGAAUCGUUCAGCUCAAGCCGGGAGGUACAAUUAAUUUGGGCAAAUUUGGCCAUUUCCUGGUCGAUGGAACAUUUGGAUACGCUUAUGGACAGGCCUUCGAGAUCGUUGCGGACAAAAAGGUGUCACCAAUCAAGCACUUGUUGGUAGACCUCGAAGACAGUAAUGACGGAACGCCAAUUCCAGAGCUCAAAAGCUCUGCUAAUAACAAAGAUUUAACUGAUAUUGGACAAAAAAUCCAGAAACUGACGACACAGGAUAUUGAGAACAUGAAAAAAGAUGGCGAAGGUAAUCAGGUCGCACGUCAGAUUAUCGAAAAGAUGAUUCAGAGCCACGAAGCGUUUGAGAAAAAAACGGUCUUUUCUCAAGAGAAAUAUUUAACUAGAAAGCAAAAGAAGUUUGCCAGACGGUUCCAGAUCGACAGUCUGAGCUCCUCCGCCUUGCUCAACUACUACUAUCGGGAAAAGGACCCGCAGAGGGUGCUGGAUUUGAGCGAGGAAACGUUGGGUUUGAUGAUGAGCCAUGCGAAUAUCAUGCCCGGUGGAAACUAUUUAGCAUUGGACGAGACGGGGGGAUUGCUGAUUUAUGCUCUUUUGGAAAGAAUGCAGGGGCUGGGCUCAAUAAUAUGGUUGCACGAGAACGACCAGCCAAACACAUGGGUGCUCAAACAGGCCGGAUACACAGAUGUUGAGCUGGACAAAAUGCUGCGUCCGAUCAGCUUUCUGGAUUUUUUUGAGCCCGAUGAAGACACAGGCAAGGUUUUCAAGUUCACGGACCAAGAAGUGGAGGAGAUGCCGCCACAGCGCCGCAGCAUGUAUGCGAAAAGACUGGCAAAGGCAGAGAAAUUGAGACAGACAGUGGAGAUGGUUGCAAACCACGAUCUUGAUGCGGUAGUGAGUAUUUCCACCUUGAACCCGGCAACCCUAAUUCCUCGUGUGCUGGAGGCAUUGGCAGGGUCGCGGCCAGUUGUUGCGUACCACCAAUACAAGGAAAUGCUGAUCGAGCUUGACCAUGUUUUGCAGAAAGAUAAACGGGUGAUCAUGACCAACAUUUCCGAAACCAAAGUCAGACGCUACCAGACGGUGCCUGGAAAAUUGCAUCCAUUAAUGACGUCCAGAGCUGGUGGAGGGUACGUGUUCCACGGCCUGAGAGUGUUGCCUGUGGAGGGCGUGCAGGCUGUUGGACGGGGCAAGAAGCGCAAGAGCGACGAGUCGGCCGCCUCAUAG